CUGAGUUCUAAUAGAAACUCACCAAGGUUAAAACUAAAGUCGUCAUCAGGUGGCGGCUUGGCACAGAUUUUAAAUUAUGAGCUGAAGCAUUAUGCGAAUUCGAUUUUGGAUGGUCAUUGGUUUCCUCACAACAUGUCUUGAUUACUCAGCAGAGGAUGAAACUGUGUCCAGAGGAUCUCAGAAGAGUUUAAAAGAAAUAUCGCCAAGUUCAAAUGUAGAGAAAUUAGAAAAUGAAGAAUUGCUCAAGUCCGGUGAUCAGAAGAUUCUUUUCAUGACAACAGAUAUGGAGGAACAUUUAUUUUCCGGCGCUUCAGAAACUAUCAAUCAAUUAACGCACGAGUUAGGCACAAAUUUGAAGACAUUCCAAGAAUCUGUCAACAACCCUUUAAAGCUGAAAAGACACUUACAAAACCUAAGCGUGAUUCACGCAGAAAAGUUAAGAAAUUUUUCCUUCGUUACAGCUCGAAUAAAGCGUCAAGUGCGCAAGGUGAUUCGCUGCUGCGGUGGCAAUUCUUGCUCAUACAGUGACCGAGCCAAUACACCUCGGACAGGUUAUGGAAAUGGUUAUGGUUUUGGAAACGGCUACGGCUAUGGUUUGAACGGCUACGGAGGCUACAGCCCCUGGGAUGGCACCCAAACGGAUUCGAACGUGAACCGAGGCACGCAGGGGUUCAAGUCGGUGGCCGUAGCCAUGGUGCUGCCGCACGGGGUGAGCAUUUCGUGUCCGGGGUGCGCACCCGGUUGGCAGCAGAACCUUAACUUCGGCCACGGGGUCGGAUUCAUUCCGAUCACGUGUCCAGGGUGUCCGAAGGGGUGGCAGCAGAUGCUCAACAUGGGACCUGGAGUGAACGGUGGAGGGGGGAACGAUUACGAGGACGAAUCGUCCACCACCCCCGCAACAACAACCACGACGGUGCCAACAACCACCACUGAAUUGACGACCACCGAGGAAACAACAACCGAAGAAGUGACCACCGAGGCCGAAACUACUACUGAAGGAGCAACAACCGCCGCCGCAGCCGGUGGUGGUCUAGGAGGUCUCCUCGGAGGUCUUUUGGGCCGUUAAAAUUUUAAAAUCCCAGCAGUUAUACUUUUAAAAUUAAUACUAUUACUAUUUAGUGAAUCAUACUAUACGAUUUGCAGUAAAAUAAAAUAAUUAAAA